AUGUGGGUAUUGAUGUACAUGCGAAUUGAUUCAAGCCGGUGCAACCGAACCAGACUAAUGGACAAAAGAAAGCAUAAUAUUACAUUGCAGCUUAUCAUGGCGGCCUCUGGAGAAGGCAGCAACCCCUGUGACAGAGCGACAUCCAGGCCCCUGGCACAGCUGCAGGAGCUGGAGCCCCACGUGGCCCGCAGACGCCUGUCCCAGGCCCGCCACCGAGCCACCAUGUCAGGGCUCUUCAGAAACCUCAGGGAAACUGUCUACUCCCAGUCUGAUCUCACAGCCUCAAAGUGGCAGGUUUUGAAUAAGGCAAAGACUCAUAUUCAGGAGCUGGAACAAACUUUGGAUAAUCUGCUGAAGAUGAAAGAAUCCUUCAACCUGGAGGAUGGGAAUGCAAACAGCUUAGAGGCGGUCAGGGAAGAAUAUGCCAGGAUGUACUCCAGAACGCCCAGGUAUCUCAACUUUUAUAAGCACACGAUGGACCUUCUGGUCGGGAAUGGGAUUGUGUCCUCUCAGGACGUGUCGCUCCCCAUCGUCUCUGCGGCUGUCUCCCACCUGUGGCAGAACCUAUCUGAGGAGUGGAAGGCCAGUCUCCUGCAGGCCGGGCCGCAGAAGCACAGCGGUGCCGCGGGCCCCGCCGCAGCGGCCGGUCAGAAUUCAGCCUGUGCCGAGGACAGCAUGAAGGACAGCGGGAUCGACAGCCAAGGGGCCAGCUACUUGCUCUUCUCCACCCCAGAGGAGAUCCUUUUUGAAGAUGCCUUCGAUGUGGCAACUUUCCUGGACAAAAGUGAGGCUCCAAAUACAUCUAGCCCCAGUUCAGUGCAUGUCAGCUGCAACCCAGAGAACCCUGAGGAGAAGUUUCAGCUCUAUAUGCAAAUCAUCAACUUCUUUAAAGGCCUUUGCUGUGUCAACACCCAGGUGAAGCAGGAAGGAGACGUUCCCGAGGAUGAUGAGAUAAUAAUGCUGAGGUGCACGGAGACCUUUGAUGAUGAAGAUCUGUAAUGAAGAUGGGCUGGGAGGGAAGGGAACAGAAGAGGUGGACAGUUUCCAGGUUCGAAUACCGGCAGCCGACGUUGCACCUGCCUCAGCCUCUGGGAUAUUUUGGAUGGACUGUUCCCAGAAGCAUUUUGAUGGUUUUAG